AUGACGGGUGCUACACUAAAUUGUCAACGGGCGUCUCACAUCAGUCGCAGGAAAAAGGUGGUCCUGGUGGCAGUGGCGGCGGUGGCGGCGGCGGCGCCCGCCAAGGAGGAGCGCGCGCUGGUAGCGGAGCAGCUGGAGCGCGAGGCGCUGGAGCAGGCGCGCAACGCCAAGUACUCGUACGAGACGCACAUCGACGACGGCAUCGCCGACCAGUCGCAGCACCGCUCCGAGGUGCGCGACGGCCUCAGCACGCGCGGCUCCUUCUCCUACAGCGACGGCUACCUCCGCCGCAACGUCGAGUACGUCAGCGACGAGGGCGGCUUCAAGGUCCUCAAGGAUGAGGUGGAGCCACUGGCCGGCCCCAAGGAGAACCCGGAGGGCACGGCGUCCGUCCGCACCGUGGUCGACGGCCAAGAGAUCACCUACUCCGUGCACAGCGUGCCGGAGUAA